AAAUUUGUGUUGCCAUUGGUCUAGUAAUUUCCGUGUAAUGACAAUAGCAUUCUUGACAUAUCUACGUCUAAGUCCAUCCAAGUCUGAAUGUGUAACCCAUUAUCUCUCUGUCGAAAGGAAAAGAAAAACUAUUACAUCACAUCUGCAACAUGAUAUUCUUUGUUUUUUCUGGCAGACAAUAGGAGGGUACCUGUGAGCGUGGGUGUUGGUAAAUGUCUGCGAUGUUCACGCGCGUGUAUAAAUAAGCUGUGGUUACACUGAGUAGCCACACAGAGUCAUGGAUUGGUUUGCAUUGUACUUCUUUCUCCUGUUCGGGUUGCUACCUCUCUAUAUAGCUCAAACAACAGCUACAAAUACAGGUUGUGCAGGUCCACCGGUACUGUGUUGCUCUGGUAAGGACUCCAGCUGUAACAAAAUGGGCUGUUACUGUGACGAUUAUUGCAUGACAGUUAACGACUGCUGUACUGACUUCAAGUCAACCUGCAAACAAUCUUCCACCACUGCACUGCCGAGCCAGCCAAGCACAGCAAGCAGCAGAAUUACAUCUACACUGGCAAAUAACGUCACAACUUCAUCAUCCACGGUCUCAUCUGCAGUAUUGAAUGUGAGCACAAGCUCAGCCUCCACAGCAUCUGCUACUAUAUCAACCAGCCAAACAAGCAGCAGUACAUCUACAGUAGCUGAUAACAACGCAACUUUAGCAGACUCUGUUACGACAGCACCCAGCGCAACAAAUAGCAGUACUGCUUCUACGCUAGCAGAUAACAGCACAACGACCAGCACAACAAACAGCAGUACUGCCUCUACGCCCUCAGAUACCAGCACAACUUCUGCAUUGCCAGUCUCUUUUAUUACAGCAUCCAGAACAAAAAACAGCAGUGCAUCAACGUCGACAGACAUGAGCCCAUCUUCGCCAUCCAUAGUUUCUUCAACAACACCACCCAGUACAACCAGCAGCACUACAGCACUAUUAGAUGUAAGCACAACCUCAGUGUCCAUAGCGUUUGCUACCACAGCAACCAGCCAAAAAAGCGGCAGUACCACAUCUACACCAUUAGAUGGCCUUGCAAGUUCAGCAUCCACAGCUUCAGAUGCCCAAAUAGUUACAUUUCACCUCAAAGUUUCUGUUUUAUCCAAUAAUCAGGAAAAUAAGGAUGGGAUGGUAGAGGCUAUAUCUAAUUUUGUAUCCCAGAUCCUUCUCCAGAUGAACUGUGAGGGCUGCACUUCAACUUUCAGGCUCAUCAAACCUACCUGAGAAAGAGCCAGUUUCAGCCAAUGUGUGCAUCCAUCAGUGGGGCUACAGCUAUCCUGCACAAUAUUCAGAAAAAACUGAAUAGUCUGUUUAAACUCAAUCAGCUGUUAAAGAUGAGUGCUUACUAAAAGCCUUAGGCUAUAAAAUGACAUAAAUUGAACUAUUAAUUGAGAGUUAACUGUUAAGGGAGGCUGAGUAGCUGAAAACAGAUCAAGGAAAUGCUGUUUGGCUAAAGGAGGAUAAGUGGUAAUUCCUACACUUAAAAGGAGCAAGGAGUGGUCAAAAGUUGAAAUAUGCAAUUUAAAAGGUAUAAUAUGUCACAUUUCUGCAUGUCAAAAAAUGACUUGACCUAUAUAUUACUUAUAUUACAUACGUAGUAGUGUACUUUAGGGCUGCCCCCUGAUAUUGAUACAAUGGAUGAUGCAUAACAUUAACAGUUUCUUACUAAUUAACAUUUAACAAACUCGCUCCUCUUCCUUCGUUUUAUGCCUCUCCUGUCCCUGCUUGAACCUGCUGUGUCUUCAUCCCCAGAACAGUCCUAGUGGGAGCUGCUGUAAAUCAGCUGGCCUCUGCUCCAGUUCUGUUGCUCAUUUGGGCACUGCUCCUUAGCAGUAUUCCCCACUGGGUUCCUGUCUUAGCAGUAUCCUCCCCCUGUCCUUUCGAACUCCCAGUCCAGGUAUAGUGAGCUAACAGGACUGCUAACUAGCUAGUGGCAGCAGCUAGUACAGUUAGCAAAUGAUACAGCACACCGGCAAGCAACUCCCUGCGUUACAAGAGAAAAGGUACUUUCAUCCCGGUGACAUGGCACAGCUCCCGGGCAGAGUUUGACGUUGUUUUUUUGGUUUCCUGCGACUAUCCGACAAAUGAAAAGUGGGUCGACGAAGACUCUUCUGAGCAACUAACAAUUAAGUCAACUAAUAGGGAGCAGCCCUAGUGUCCCCUAAUAACAAUGUUCAAACCCAGAUGAAUUAAUUUUAAUCAAGGUAACUGUGUUUUAUUUGGUCCCGUCAAUGGCAUCACAUUUACCCCCUCUUGUUGCUAUAAUUUCCGGGGAAACACAAAAUGCAGUGGCAUUUUCUCUGAGUGACCAAGUCAAGCCAAGACUUCCUCACUAACCAAAAUAGCUAUUAUUGCUAUUUUAAUAAAUGUACACAUUUCCUAACAAUAUAUGCUGCACCAUAAAGCUUCACGUCUGAUCCAGGUACAUAUCAGAACUGAAUACUAAAACAUUAUGGGACAUAGAAAUAGUAAACAAGGCCAAAGGUAUAGACAUUUUUCACAGCAGCCAUUUGUACUUGAAAUAGGUGCAACCAAUGAUACUAAUUUUGUUCCAUUAGUCAGGGUGCUGCUAUCACAACAACUGCUGUUCAACAUGGGUUAUAGGUCGAAAGUUGAAUGAACUAGUACUUAUGUCCUUUCGAUUUCUUACAGGUUGAGUUGUUGUUGCCCAUAACACGCUAGCAUUCUGCUAAUGAACAAUGAUUGGUCAGUGAAGGACUGAUUACGACCAGAGAUCCCGCUUGAUGGCAUCGUGGAAUCCGAAGCGGGACAUAGAUAUUUCAGCGUGGUGUUUAAAACAGCAAAACAAAAACUCUUUCUAGCACGUGUAUUGACAGGGAGAGCCUAACCUGUGUCAGCUGUGUUGUCGAUGCCUCGAGAGAAAAGGAAGUGCCGAGCGCGGAAGCACAAAGUGACUCAAGGCUUGCCGUAAAGCAGUAUCUCUGGCCGUACGAUGUGUAUGACUUCAUUGACAUUUUAAAAGACUUUUUUUUAAAAAUAAGUGACUCUAAAAAAUCUAACACCCAGCAAUGUGUAAUUUCUUUGCACCCCCUUUUGAAUGCAACAUUCAAAUUACUAGACAAAAAAUUAUAUCCUGAGAAAAGUAGAUUUUGAGGGGUAUAGCUCCAUAGACCUCCAUUCAUUCUGCACUCAUCCUGUGAGCGCCCUCAUAUGGAACCAGAGUGGAACUGCAACAGUUCAGAAGCUGGAAGUUUACCUAGAGUGGAAGUUCUCCCCUUAUUAGACAUUCUCUGGUAGGGGUAAAGGGAAAUAUCGAGAACUGUCAUUUUGCAACAUUUUGUUUAACGGUAUUGUAUCGAUUCUCAAAAAGACUGUAUUUAUUUUUGUGUUUAAGCCCCCAACCCCAAAUAGCAGUGUUUUAGUGAGGGCCUAUAUGACCUUCCUUACAGUAUGGCAAUAUAAUGCAAUAUAUUGAAUGGUAACCCCAGCAUCAUGAUACAUAUCGUAUCGUCAGAUUCUUGCCAAUAUAGAGCCUUAUAGGGUUUACCCUACUAUUUCAUGUCCUUCCUAAAAAGUAGGAUUCAUUUUACAGCACAGCUUAAAACUAGGAUAAAUAAAGUAUUUCAAGCAACUACAGCAGAACCUGUGCCCAGGCUUCUUCACAAAUCAUUUUUGAGUAACAAAAAAAAAGCAAAAUUGGCCAAAUUAUGAAAAGCUCUGGAGAGCAGCAACAACACAACAGCAACAGAGUCCAAACAAUGGUAAUAUAAGGCAUCCCAUAACACAAUCAUAAGGAGACACGCACAGAAACCAUCAGGGAAAGAAAGAAAGAGGAUGGGUUGGAUGUCCAAGCUCAUCCUCUCCUCUUUUCCUGGACGUGAAGGUGUCAGUAUCCAUGUCAAAUUCAGAAAUGUCCCACUGCACUUGUUGCUGUGAUGGUGAUUUAGUUUGUUGUCAGAACUCCUCAUUUUCUCUGCUCUCCAUCGCUGCUAUCGUCGGCUAACGUUAACUGGGAAAAUCAUUAGCAAAACAAGGACAGCCCUCCCUGUUAGAUUGAACAGUUCAAUGGCACUAACUGUGUUCUCCUCGUCGUGAGGCCAGAGGGCGACUAGUUUGCUGCAGUCCACUCGUUUGUCUCUAAGAGUUCUAGUUUACUUUUCAAUAUUAUUCAACUCCAUCAUUCUGUAGGUAAACUCCACGGUGGCCUCGACUGUGGUGCAUUUUAAUUUGUUUUGGCCAAACUAAUUGAGUGACAUUUACAAUUUACAAUUUACUACAACGCAGGGGACGGUGUUUCAGUCAUUUCCGGUCAAUGAAAACUGGGAGAUGGAAUAAGACUGUAAUCUGUUAAAGACAUUUAUUAUUGUCUUCCUUUAUUAAAAUAGCAAUAAUUGCUGUUUUGGAUAGUGAGUCCUGGCUUGCCUUGGUUCCUAAGAGAAACUUUUGCUACUGCAAUAAGCUUUGGCUCUAAUUAGAUCUAAUUUAACAGUGGCCAUUUUAUUAGAUUUUUUUUUUCUUGAUUAUUGGCUUUGGUAUUGAUUUUACUUGGUUGUUGGUAGUUUGGUUAUCCAUGCCAUUUUGAUAAACUAUAGUAUAGUAGUAGUAGAGUACAGUAUAUAGUAUAUACAGUAAUUUGGUGUCUUUGCAGAUUGUAUGGUUUCAUAUAUUACAUUAUAUAGAGAGGUUUGUGUUCCCAGUGCCUAAAUGUCUUAUACCAUGUGCUGUAAAUAUCCUGUACAGAGUGGUGAAAGCAUGAAACAGAAAUAUAAUUUAUCACUGUCUGAUUAUGUUGGUGGAAAAAAGUGUAAUGUGCAACAAAUGGUUGUUCAAAUUCAAAUAGCUGAAAUUUGGUCAUUCAUUGUGUGUACUUUAGAGAUUAGAGUUAUUGUAACGCUCUGCAAUGUGGUUACAUUUGUGGUUUUCAGUCCAGUUAUGGAUUCUCAGAGGUAGCUACAGCAACUUUCUUUACUUAUAUAGCCUGUCGGGGUAGCUCAUUAUCCCAUUUCCCUUGCUGUAAAAUCAUUAUAGCAAGGGAAAAGCAAAGAUCUCUAAGAGCAACAUAGUUUGUAUACUUUGGCAAACAAUGGGAUCAUUCUUGUCAGGAGUACAGUAAUGUUGCCAUUCUUGCUAGUCAGCAAUGAAUUCUUUUGCACUGUACUUCCUUCUUCUGAAGAAUUUGCUGCCUCUCUACAAUGUGGAGUAAAACAUUUGAAUAAAGUGUUCAGAAUGAAUUGUCACGGCAUGCCAUCUUAGUUUUAGAGAUAAAUAUAACUAAAUGAAGAAUGUUGGUAACUGAUAUACAGCUUCAACUUACAAUGUUUGUGAUAUGAAACUGUAUACCAAAAUAUCACAAAAAUCAACAGUUAUGUAUAAAAUAAAACAAAUAGCUACAUACAAA